AUGCAUCCUUUCAAGUUCCCCCUGCCUCAGGCUGUUAUUCUGUCAGCUCUUGGCUUUGUCUCAUGUGCAUCCUUGGCUCGACCACAGGAACCAUUCCAGCUUUACGCCUAUGGCGAGGGUAUUGGUGGUCUCGUUUUGUUUUCUGACGGAGGUACAGUGCCCCCAGAGUCUGGAAAGACAAGAUCUGCUACGGAGCAUAGUCUGACACAGGUAGUUGGUAUCUACGCGGGAAAUCCUGGGGACUUUGAUAGUGACCAGGCUGCUCCCGUGAUAUUCACGGACAAUGAUGGGACGUGGGCUUGUUCUCCAAAUAGGACUGGCCUAGAUGGUGCAAGUCAGGCAUCCUGGUCAAACCUUACACUUGCCAUCCCGGAUCCGUCAUCAUCCUCACACGGGGUGGAGCUUCUAAAUGGCACUGAAGACACCGAUGGGCGUGUGACAACUGGGUUUUCUUUCUAUGGAGCUGUCGCUUUUGUGCACGAGGCCGGUUUGUUCACAUCUUUGUGGUAUGGUACUGCCCAUGCAAGAAGUGGAAUAUUUUUCGUAAAUUGGAACGUGACAGAGAACGACGAUGCCUCGGUGCUCCUUAGCAUCAGAGCCACGCCUCCGAUCGAGGACUGA